AUGAGGCUGGGAUUCAUCUGUGCUCUGCUUUCUCUCCUGGAAGGGCAAAGCUGGGCAGACACCCGAGCCAUCGGGGGCAAGGAAUGCCGCCCCAACUCGCAGCCCUGGCAGGUCGGGCUCUUCUUCCUCACCCGACUCUUCUGCGGGGCGACCCUCAUCAGUGACCGCUGGCUGCUGACAGCUGCCCACUGCCGCAAGCCGUUUCUGUGGGUCCGACUCGGGGAGCACCACCUCUGGAAAUGGGAGGGUACAGAGCAGCUGUUCUGGGCCACAGACUUCUUCCCUCAUCCUGGGUUCAACAAGGACCUCAGUGCCCACGACCACAAUGAUGACAUCAUGCUGAUUCGUCUGCCCAGGAAGGCAUUACUGGGACCUGCCGUGCAGCCCCUCAAACUCAGCCGGACCUGCGUCUCCCCAGGCACCCAGUGCCUAAUCUCAGGCUGGGGGGCCACAUCCAGUCCUAAGGUGCAGUACCCACUCACGCUGCAGUGUGCCACCAUUAGCAUCCUGGAGCCCAAACUCUGCCAACGGGCAUAUCCAGGCCACAUCCUCUACCGCAUGCUCUGUGCCGGCCUUUGGGAGGGCGGCCGGGGCCCCUGCCAGGGUGACUCUGGGGGCCCCCUGGUUUGCAAUGGGGCCCUGGCGGGUGUGGUGUCUGGGGGCUCGGAGCCCUGCUCCAGACCCCAGCGCCCUGCUGUCUAUACUAGUGUGUGCCGCUACCUGGACUGGAUUCGAAAAACCAUGGAGGACAACUGA